AUGCAGAACUACCUGAACCUCAUUUAUGAAGAGGAGCGCGAAAUUUUGCCAUAUUGCAUAGCUACGGGCGUAGGCAUCAUUCCCUGGUCUCUUGUAGCUCGUGGCGUUCUGGCGCGACCAUGGAACUCCGAAAGAACCUUAUGGGAGGAGACUGAUGCAUACAUCUCUGCACUGAUUGACCGAGAAAGUGCAGCGGACGAGGCUGUUGUCGGUCGUGUUGAAGAAGUGGCAAAUAAAAGAGGCGUACCCAUGGCAGCCAUCGCAUCAGCUUGGGUGUUGACGAAAGGCGCGAAUCAUAUUCUGGGCCUUUCCUCCAUAGAAGAAUCGACCAGGCCAUUGAAGCGAUGA